UAAUUUAUCCUUUUAGCUGCUAUCUUUUUCAUAUCCAUCCAAUUUUAACACAAAAACAAAAGAAUAAUAUUAAUAUUCUAUUCCCACUUUGCAUGGUUACUAGAGAUAAACAAGAACAAAGUGAGAGAUUUGUUUUUUUGGGUUUCUGUUUCUUGAAUGGAGCCAGUUUCUGCAAGCAGGAUUGCUAGCAGAUCUUCAACAUCGUAUGAGAAGCUUGUGUUUGUGGGUUUAGGACUUCUAGCUGUGAUUUCACCUCUAUUUAUUAACAGCACACCAGUUACUGAUCCAGAGAUUGAUGAACAGCCCAUCAACCUUGCUUCUUGGUUGCCUUUGCUGCCCUUGCUGCUCAUGGCCGCCAUUGCUUUGUCGCUGUUUAUCGAUAAAGGCGUUAGCAGGAGAAGCAGGUUUUCUUCAUAUGAGAAGUUUGUAGGAGUUGGAUUGGGGAUUCUAGCUGUGGUUUCACCUCUGUAUAUUAACCAGAGAUCAGAUAGUGAUUCAGAGCUUGAAGAUGAACCCAUCAACUUGACUUAUUGCAUGCCUCUGCUUCUCUUCUUGCUGAUCCUGGCAAUUGCUCUAUCACUGCAUUUAGACCAGAGUCUUACCAAGUUUGAUCCUUAUUGGAUUCAUAGAGUCGGCGGUUCAUCUGGUGGGAUCAUAAUCAUUCUUGUGAUUCUUGCUUUGAUCUUGAAGUGCAAGGCAUUCCAUGAAGGAAACGCUUCAUGAACGAAGAAUCUCUUAGAUUACCUGCGAUUUUUGAUAUUUCGGGUUUGAAGAAACUAUUUGUUGCAGACUGAAACUUAUUUGCUUCUCCAAGGGAAGAUUUCCAGUUUGCUGCCUUCAAAUCAGAAGGCAUAGUUUAUUUACAUGCUAAUGAAAUUUAGAUUUGUAGUUCACAGUUCUUUAGAUUCUAGAUGAAUAACAAACAAUUCUUUCAGCAUCUGAGAAAA